UUUGUUUUGUCAGACAACAAAACUAAACAACGAAACAAAAAAAUUCACAGAGUCAAGCAAAUAACCAGCAAAAAAUGUUACAGCCACGUGAAUCCAGACUCUUAUGGAGGAGGCGAAAACGAAGACAUAGUAUGGAAGGUCUAUGCUGCAGUCGAAUUUACUCCACACUCAUAAUUAUUGGGUGCCUAACAUCUUUGCCACAGGGAUUAACACAACACAAUGAUGAUAUUUAUAUAGUUAAACCAACACCUGCCUUACGUUUUGGUAAAGAAGAAUUAACCACGGUUUUAUUGGUAAAUAAUGAGAAUCAUGGACGGUUUAUAAAUGUGCGACCGGAAGUAGGGCUUUUAACUUCAACGGCUCGUACUUUUAUACAGGAGGGUGUGACGACAGAAUAUGCCACUCAAGUAGUGGGCACUACGCUUGAUAAUGGCCGAGUAUAUGCUCAAUAUUUAAAGAAAAGCUCUCGUGUUUUAUACGAUGGUGGCAGUGCGAUGCCCUCCGUUGUUACCAGUUGGGUAGGCGAGUCACUUCAUAGUGAGGCCGUGUUCUUGCCUCAAAGUCAUAACGAUUUAUUCGAUGCGGAUCAGCCUGACUGGCAGGCCAUAGAUGAUCGUUUAUUGGGUGAUCGUCGUCAUCAUGACGAUUUUGUUGGCAACACCGAUUAUGUGGGCUUGCGCAGCAAAUCAUCCUCAGCCACAAGUUCUCAGAGUGAAAUAAAAUCAUUGGGUAUAACUUCAAGUUUAGGUUACACGACGAAUUCGAAAUCUUCUUACGAUUUUGUAACGCAUUUGGGGGAGAACGCUCGUAAGGUGGCGGCUAAUAAAGUUUUACCUAUUGGUGAUCUGCCAACAUAUACCAUCAAACAGAACUAUGAGCCAAGUGCUUACUUAACAUCCAAUGAUGAUGUUGGUUUAGAGGAGGAUAAUGAUGAGGAAGCUUUUGGACGCAAUCCGAAAUUGAUAUACAAAAAAUUAAUGCAAAACCAUGUGAGAAGUGAAAAUGAAUCUGCUUCAGUAUUGCAGGCACCUAAGCCCCUUAUUCCCUUCAGCCGUCAUUUCGCUACAGUGACCUAUUAUGGUUUUGCUGAUUUUACUACAGUGGUGGGUGAUAGUGUAAUUGUUUUCUCACCGAGUACUUCAACCCAGAAUAUGAAUUAUCAGGCUCAGGUAACUUCCAUAAAGGGAGAGGCUACAUUGGGGGCUGGCUCACCCCAAAGUAUAACUAAAGUUCCCAUUACAAUUGCUCAAGAUAUUAUAGAGCCCACAAUAGCUCAACAGCCUUCAAUUAAAACGUCGUUGGAUGCAGCAAGCGCUACAGUCAUGGAAAUGGAUACUGGCCUAGAUGAAACUUCAUCUACUUCUUCUUCGACUACUACUGUAAUUACUACAAGUAGUGAAAAAACAGAUGCGAAACAAGAAUCUGUUACUUUAUUGGAAACCUCUGAAGUUGUUGUACAUCCAACGCAAAGUGAAAUGUCAAGCAUUGAAUCAACCUCAAAAACAGCACCUGUGAUGCUGUCACGUCCUUCCAAUGAAGAGAUUUUGAGAAUUUAUAAUGCCUUAGCCAAUGCCAAUGUUGAGGCAGAUAAAGUACAAAUACAAUCAACAGCUGCCUUAAAUACCACCAUUAUAACUGACGCAACCUCCGCGGAUGAUGAAGUACAGCUGAAAACCUCAAAUGUGGAAAUAUUUGGAGGAGCAACUACGAUAUUCUUUGAAGAUGAUCCUUUUGCAAAUUUUGUGGACGCGUCUAAAACACAAACUUCCACCAAUCUAGACUCUACUAUCGCUACACAAAAUAUGUCCACCUCCUUAGGUAAGAGCAGUACGUUUUCUCUUAAGGAGUCAACCGAAGUGCCAACAAUUGAAGUAACAACAGAAGAGAGUAAAAGUGAAACUACUACUGAUGCGGCAUUGACUUCAUCAGAAAUUAUAUUGGAUACAGAAGUUGAGAACAUUAUUACUACUCCCGUACCAAAUACGAAACAUUCUAACCAAGAUGAAAAUUCCCCAGCCGACAUGUUGCCGAAUGUGCUAAUCAAAGAAAUUGAUCCAAAUAAUGAGGAAGUUCCCCAGGAUUGUAUAAGUACUUCACAGGUAUUCUUAACUCAAUUGCCCAAGACAGUUACACAAACGGAGACAGUAGUUAUAACCAUUAAUGAAUCGGAGUUAAGAACUGAAAUAAAGCAGCAAAUUCAGCCCACAUUUGAAAUUAAAGAAGCCACAAAAUAUUAUUGCAUACAAGCCUCACAAGUUCAGGCCAAUCAAAUUGAAAGUCCCCUAGUAAAGCAGACAAUUUCGGCAUUGGAAAAUAAAGACCAACAUUUGGCACCGGUUGAUGUAACCGAAGUGAAUGAAGAGGAUGUAACGGAAACGUUUGUUUGGACUACAACUGAAGAAACGUUAUUUACAGAUAAAACCGAACAACCAGAUGAAGAUGAAAAGAAGCAGGAUAUUUCGAAACCCACUGGUCUGGCUACUAGUGCUGAAUUAGAGGUAGAUGAAAACGAACAAGAAGACGAUGGCGAUGAAGAGGCUUCAGGUCAACCAGACGAUGAGGAGGAGGAAGAUGAUGAGGAAAUUGAACUAAUCUACAAAACAUUGUAUACCACUUACACCUACUUAACUACGUUCUUCCAUGAUGAAUCCACCUCCAUAUCUAGCCACACCGAAGUGGUUACAAAUGUUAUGACCUCAACGCUGGGUAUAAGUUCAACAAAAGAAUCGACAAGCACAUAUAUUAUAGCUAAUGUCGAUGACAAUGAAAUUAAUCCUACAGGUAGCUUAGCGGUCACAACACAAAUGGAAACUACAAAACGCUAUGUGGUGCCUUCGGAAGUUGAGAGCUUUAUACGAACUGAUGAGAUAGAAACGGAUGCCGAUAUUGUUGAUAACUCGUAUGUAUCUAGCAAAAGUUCUGAAUCUUUGACAACAUUUUAUACUACCUAUACCUAUUACACGACAAUAUUUGCUGAAGGCGAAACGGAUAUAAUGUCUCAUACCGAAAUAAUUACAAACGUUAAGAAAUCUGCAACAUCAGCUACCUCGGAGGCUGAAAAAAUUAUGCCCACGAUAUCAUCUUACUCAGCUGCAGCAAAUGAGGAAAAUAUUGCAACUACUAUAUACCAAGGGGAAGAAGAACUGAUUCGUGAAAUUGAAUCAAGAUCAAUGUCGCGUUCCGCAACCUUAGCAGCCAACGAUAAAGCCCUUUUACCCGAUAUACCCGAACUAGGAGAUCUUUCCGCAAUUACUUUGAUUACCGAUGUACGUUCCUCUAGUUCGCCCGGAGAUAAGCAAAUUAUUAACAAAAUUAGCGCACCAGCAACGAUUUCCAAUGAUACAGUUCUCCCACAGCAACAAUCCAUAUUAGAAGAUCAGAUAAGCUCAGAAAGCAAUACAGAUACAGAUGAAAUAAUACCUUCAGCCACAUUACUUUUGCAAACUAGUUUCACCACAUUCACUUAUUAUACCACCAUGUACAGUGGCGAUGAAACCAAUGUCAUAAGUCGUUUGGAGACCAUGACCAACACGGUAACCGAAACUCUGAAGCCCUCCAAAAAGAUCGACUUAAAAGAUGCCUCUCUGCCCAUCACUUACUUUACGACAUUUACCUAUUGGACAAAAUUAGCUAAAGAAGGUCAAAUAACAACAUUAAGCCGCGAGGAGAUCAUAUCGAAUGUGAUUGUACCAACUAUGGUACAACCAGAAACUCAAGAAACGCAUACUCAAAUGGAAAGUCUCGAGAAUACAAAAAACAAGGACAGUGAUGUAGUUGCUAAUAUAGUCACUGAAACAAUAUUGACAGAAGAAACAACUUCGAAUGAAGUACAUGAUGAAAAUGUAUUAAAUCAAGCCCACCUGUCAGAACUAACCACAAAUAUGUCGGCCGGUCAACAUACCACAAAUAUAUUAGAGCCCACCACUUAUUAUACCACAUACACAUAUUACACAACAUCUUAUGAAGCAGAUAAGACCAUAACAGAUUCACGUUUUGAAACGGCCACCAAUAUUGUGACCCCAACCGUGACAUUAUCAAACACCAAGGAACGUGAUGAGGAUUCAGCCAAAUUAGAAAAACCCAUAUAUUCUUCAGCCACUCCGGCACAAUCUCAAAUCAAUGUCUCCGACGCCUCAACAUCGGAAUUAGUUUUAUAUGAUUUCAAGAAAAUAAUUGAUGCUGAUGGUAUUUCCACUAUCUUCUUUACAACUGAAAUAAAGCCAACCUUAAAUUCGGACGGUGUGCUUACAGAAGUUAUAAGUUCCACUUCUAGUCUACUGAUAAACGAGGAAAAACGAAGCAUACAGGCAACCGAAGCCAUGGAAAGUUCUGUCAACUCUCUGGGUGUGGAGGGUCAAAUGCAAAAGCAAUAUAAAACUGGUUUGGUUAGAUUAAUUGAGGGCACACGUAUAGCAAAUAAGACCACAACUUUGUAUCAAAGCAAGGUCAUAGGUACAGUUAUCGAUCAACGUUAUGCUCAGAUUAUAGAAAGCACUUCUAGCUUUAUAUUUGAAAAAACUAGAGCCCCGGAAGAUUCCAAUAGCAUGAACGUGGAAAUAAUGCCAACAAGUUCAAGUGAUGUGCAAAAUAUACAAGCCACCCAGCAGGUUAGCCUUGAAAGUAGUAUUUCGCUGCCUAAAGUAGAGGGCAGUAUUACGGAGACAAGCUUAGAGCAGGAUAUAGAUAGUUCAACGAAGCCAGCCGAAGAAGUUGAUGAGGAGAAUUAUUCCAAAACGGAUGAGAAGUUACGUUUUCCAUUCCAGACAAAGAAACCACCAUUUAUAUCUCCUCUCAAACCGUUUUCCAACCGCAAUCGCCCACAAUUUGCUCCCAAGAAGAAUAGCAGCGCCACAAUAAUAACAAGGAGUGACUUUACACCCACAAUUACAGCUACGCCCGCACUAAAGACCAUAAGUCGUUUUUCAUCCACACGUAGAGGCAGUGCUAGCAGCAAUUCUAUAUCAUUUGCCUCGUCUUCCCGGCGUUUUGGGCGACCUAGCAAAUCGUCUAUAGCAGGGUCGGGAUUACAAGUUGCUUCAACCGUAGGUCAGGCAGCAUCUCGCAAUCGUUUUGCCUCUUCAUCGAGUGCACGUGGUUCUUUUGCUUCUAGCUCUAGACGUUUGGGAGGCUCGUCAAACACUAUAAGACCGUCGUUUUCACGGCCAUCACUGUUUUCAUCUGGAUUUUCAGGCAAUUCAAGACUGAGAGUUAGGCCUACAUCUACUGCUGACAUAGGAGAGGUUUCGUCAGCCAUUGAUAUUGCCACAUCAGUCCCAUUAAAUUCUCAAGAAGACGGUGGAGGAGUUUCACAGAACCAGUAUGAUUUAGAGGAUGAUGAGGAAAACGCUACUGAAAGCAAUAGAAAACAAAAUAAUCCACUCCUACGUCUGCGUAGACCGCUUAACAGACCUCAAGGUUUCACACCAGCCCGCCCACAGAUAAAUUCUCCCAACAAUGCUGUCUCAUUAAGAAGAAAUCCCUUAAUUAAUCGAGGACGUAGUAGUAACGUGGCCACUUUAACAUCUACGACAACUACCACAACAGCCAAACCAAAACCACGAACAUUCCAACCGCCCCUUAUAGCUCAAAAUCGCAUAAGACCUACUAAUUCAUUGUUCCCACCUCGUAAUAUAUUUGGGGUGCAAAAAGCGGCGGUAACAACCGAGGAAAAUAAAGAUUUAUCUGAAGAAGACACUAAUGAGAACAAUGAUGAUUCAGAAUAUGAAGAUGAUGACGAUGAGGAGUUAGAGGGUGAAGACGAAGAGGAAUCCAACCGAAGAAGACGUAGGUCACAUAACAACACAGAACUAGUAGAAAAACACAAAUUGCGUAACAAACGCGAAGCUGAUAGUGCACAGCAAAAUCGAAGCAAUUUCCGCAAUCGUUUUAGAAGACCCAAGUUAGCUUCACACGCACAGGCGGAAUCGAAAAGCUCUGAAGAUGAGGCAAGCGAAGCUAAGGAACCAGUUACAACUGGUAUUCCUGCUUCAACGACAGCAACGCAAAGAACACGUACACGAUUUGGAGCCAGGUAUCCGCAACAUUCUUCUUCGUCUACCACUAGUGCUACCACAUCAAGUGCGUCAUCCAAUCAUAAGGCUAUACGACCCACACGUCCUACCAGUAAUGGCCGAGCUCAGUUUACUUUGCGCGACAAAGAUUCGUCUGCCAUGAGUACCACACAAAAAGGUUUAACGACUGCAAAACGUCCGGCUUUCCGUCGACCACAGCCCGGUGGCACACAUGGAACACGAAGAUUGCCCAGUUCAACGGCUCCGUCAUCUUCAUCGUCUUCCUCGUCCGGCAAAAGGCGUUUAAAAAGUUUUACAAAUAAUGAUGCCACAACAACUUCCCGUAAUUCUGUUACUGGCCGCAGUCGAUCUUCAUCCACCACUUCAGGGCGUUCUCGGGUAUCCUCGCCUUCUAGAGAUAGUAAUAUUGGAGGCAGAAAUCGAGCUAGAAAUAAUCAUAAUUACAACAGCAACAACAACAACAACAAUGAACCCUUGAUAAUUGAUAAUAGUGGCACCAUCACCGUAACCCAUGUAAUACCCACCGAAGUCACUAUACCAGUGGUUAAUGGAAAGGUAACCGAGUACAAACAAGUUGUAACCGCCAAAACUAGCACCGAAAUCUUAGAACCCCAGCAAUAUACAACAACCAUUGCGGCCAAUGGUCUUCCCCAGUUGGCUCUUACCAGAGAAGAUUCAUCGGUAAACUAUAAUGGAGCCACCGAAGUCACACAAUAUGUUUUGCAUGAAACACCAACCACCACAAUUACCUUUACACCUACAACUAUACGCGGACGUAAAACAUCCUUCUCGCAUGUACUGCCUUCCACAGUGUACUCGGUGGAGCAAGUGGUUUCGACGGUGCAGCCUCAAAUAUCGGCUAAUGCUCCUUUGGCGAAUAUUCUUCUAUCGCAAUUGUUAUUGGGCAAUGUGGGUCUCCAGGCCGGUAAUCCUUUAUUGGGUGCUUUGGGAGGUGCUCUUUCGCAACCGGGUGUAGGUUUGGGAACAGCAGUCGGUCCAGCCCAACCGGCCACACCAGUUACCGAGUACAAAACGCAUGCUUCCACAUAUGUAACCACAGUCGUUGAGGGACAAUCAACCGUAUUACCCAUUACAUUCCAAGGCAAAAAGAUCUUAACAACUAUAUUUGAUACAACAGCUCAAACCAUAACUGCUACUGAAUUUAUCACGGAUACUAUUGUUACCACACCUACCGCUUUAGUACAACCCCAACCAGCAGUAAACAGCUUACUGUUGCAGCAACUACUGCUGCAACAGCAUUUGCAACAGCAGCAACAACAAUUGCAACAACCCACCCCAGAUCCCAGUUACCCCCUUAAUGCUAUUUUAAAUUCUGUACCACCACAAUUUCUACUGGGCGGAGAUAAUUUGCAAGAACUUGAAGCCUCCAAUAAUAUACGAGGAUCUGGACAAAGUGAUCUGCUAAAUGAUGACGAUGAUUUCACAGUAGGAAGCUCCGUAGAUUUGGAUGACAUAGCUCUACAAGCCCAAGCCCAGACACACAAAACUGGCAGGAAAAAGACAAGAAAAAAUGGAAAAAAUCACAAACGCAAACAGAACAAUAAUGUGGAAGCACAUGGAGCAGUCGAGAGCAGUGUCAUAACAUUGUACGUAUCGGGAAGAAGGCCGGGAGAAUUUAGCACAGUAUUGUCUACCGUACAAGUACGUCCCGAUUCGACUCAGUAUAAAAGACAUGCGCACACCAUAGAUACUGAAACAGAUUAUCUAAACGAUGGCAGUGAACUUGUGAACGAAUACUUGGCCCUGCCACCCGAAAUAAUUCUAUUGGAUGGCAAAGACAAACAUGAAAAUGAGGUAGUAUAUGAAAAUGAAGGUGUUGCUACCCAGUCCUUAGAAAGUAUAGUGGGUGAUGUUAGUCUGUGGUAUAGCACACAAACCACAACAUCAAUAACCACAAGUACGAACGAUAUGUCGAAAGUAUCUGCAACAGAAAUAAUAACUGAUCAACGUUAUGACAUGGCGGAAAGUCCGCGUUUGAAUGUUGAUACCCAUGUGGCAAAUUCAAGUUCAAAUGAAUAUUUUUUUGUUUAACUGA